AUGUCGCCAAUUGAUGGAAGCAAGAAGAGCAAGUCGGGCCGAAGCAGUCGGUGCAGCAGUGGCAGAACGAGGGUUCGUGGCGGCUACCGGCCCGUUGCGGCGCUCAACCUGUCACGGGUGGACUCGGACGACGAGCUACGCGAGGCGACGACGGUGCUUGCGGUCGCGGUCGAGACCUGCGGGCGUGUGGGCGGUUACGCGGAGCGCCGAGCCAGGAAAGCUGAGCAGUGCUGGGCCGGACUACCGGUAUUCUCGGACGUGGCCGAGCACGGUCAAAUAAACAACAUAUGCCAAUUCUCUCUCAGUUCUGCAGAUUCGGAGCCUCUGUUUUUGACGCCGCUAAUUGAGCAGAACAAAUGCCAUGAAGCAAGGGCCAGAAGCCGAGUGGACCUUUUCGCAAAAAAGGCAAAGGCCACGGCUCACUCUGGCUUCAUCACUGUGAACAAGACGACCGGGAGCAACCUGUUCUUCCUCUACGUACAGGCGCAGCAAAACCCUUCGACCGCGCCACUGAUGCUAUGGACGCAAGGUGGUCCGGGUCUCUCCUCCCUGUUUGGGCAGUUCCUCGAGAUCGGACCCCUAGCCAUCGACGCCGACGGAAAGCUGCACAAGCGGCUACACACUGUACAGAAAGACGCGAGCGUCAUCUACCUCGACGUGCCCGUCGAAGCCGGCUACAGUUUUACGAAGGACCCCUCAUGGCUACGCACAAAGUCUCGAAGACAUCAGCGCCGCGGUCGUGGAAUUCCUGAGGCAGUUCUUGGUGCUGUUCCCGCAAUACAAGGAGCGGGAUUUCUACGUCGCCGGAGAGUCUUACGGAGCAAGAUACGGCAUCGGAAUCGCAUACCACCUGCUCACCGCGCAAGUCAAACGGUUGCCACUGAACUUCCGAGGAGCCGUCGCGGGAGUCGGAUUCCUCGGACCAAUCUUGGAGAUAACAGAUUCGAGCGAAUUCCUCUACCAAUCGUCGAUGGUCACCCAGGAAGGUCGCGAUAUAUUCGCGAAAGAAUUCGAAAAAAUGAAGAGCCUCUUCGCCGAGGGCAAGCAACUCGAUGCCAUGACGAUCUUGCUGCGUACCAUCUUCACCGACGACAAGAGACCCACCUUGUUUCAAAAUCUCACCCUCUACCACAGCCAGGCGAGUGCGUUGUACUCCGAAGAGCCCGCGAACAUGCGCAAGUACUACGAAUACGCGAACACGAAAAUGUUCAGGGAAGCAAUACACGUAGGGCACGAUGUCCAGUUUCAACGGCAUAACCGAGUUCUGCUCAC